GGUGGGUGAUGGGAAGCCAUCGGACGUAAGCGUUGCGUCACGCCAGGAUUUAAGUUACAUGUGUUGCCUUCUCUUUUGGAGGAUAGUAGUCUUGAUAGCGUUUGGCGAUUCCUUUGCAAUGAGGAUCGACCCAUGCACUGUGCAUGCACACCACUGUGACGCCCCCGAACCGCCAUCGCACACUGUCUUUCAUCGUAAUAUUAGGAGCGUUUCUUUAUUGGAGACAUUUCUUUGGUCACGGGUUUCUGCUGAACCUUUAGAGGUGAAAAGCCCGAGCUUAAUUCUCACGAUACGUCGUAGAGACGUGCUUCUUUUACUUUAAUUAAAUGUACUCCCACAUUUUCGCAAACCCUUCCAGCUUUUUAUAGUGUGACCUUAACAAGUAGUGCAGCAAAGUAUGGCAUGCGAUUAGACGGUUAUCAGACCGGCUGGGCGUCUUGGGUCUCGCCUUGUUUGCGGAUCCAUGGUGUAAUAUUAGAUUGAAGUGUGAUGUCCUGUUUGCAGGUAAAACUGAGCACACAGCGCUAAUGAUCCUGGGACACAUGCUGUUCCUCCGCCUUUCGUGCACAUACAAAACGGCGUUUAGCGUUUCCUCCGUAAGGUUUGAUUGUCGUGUUUGUGAAUAAUCAGGUUUAAGGUUGGGUGCUAAUUUUUCCAUUGUAGGUCACAAGCUACAAACAACCCCCCUCCUCCUCCAACCCUCUCUCUCGCUUUCUUUCUCUCUCUCUCUCCUUGACUGUGUGUGUGUGUGUGUGCGUGCGAGCGUGCGAGCGUGCGCGCGAGCGCGCUGUGCCUUUACCGCCUCUCUUCUGCUGGAAACAACUCAACGCGCUCCAAGCGCUCGCUCGCGACCGUCACAGCCGCACCGUGGCGCGUGUCAUCAUCAAACAGGGCUGCUUCUUGUCUUCCAUGCGGACCACAGACGGGGGACCUGCCCGAGCGCUAUCGCUUCACAAUAAAAACAACAACAGCAGCAGCAGCAGCAACGAGGCGCGAUGGAUGGAAAGCCGCAGCUUGCGCACUGAAGUUGGAGAGUGUUUCCUCGUGGAAGUGAACGGGCUGUGCGCCGCGAGCUCGCGCCUAAGGUCACCUGAUUGGACGACAUUUUUGUCCCACAAUUCUGUUCCCCUUUCCUAAGGCAGCCCAUCAGGACCAGAGUGGGGGCUGUCCUUCCUGUGUGCCUUAUCCACUGAGGUGGGUUAAGAUGAGUAUAACAAGUGAUGAAGUCAACUUUUUGGUGUAUCGAUAUCUCCAGGAAUCAGGUUUCUCUCAUUCUGCAUUCACCUUUGGCAUUGAGAGCCACAUCAGCCAGUCAAACAUCAAUGGCACUCUGGUGCCCCCUGCUGCCCUCAUCUCAAUACUGCAGAAGGGCCUGCAGUAUGUGGAAGCUGAGAUCAGCAUCAACGAGGACGGCACCGUGUUCGACGGGCGUCCGAUCGAGUCACUGUCGCUGAUCGACGCCGUGAUGCCGGACGUAGUGCAGACGCGGCAGCAGGCUUUCCGAGACAAGCUGGCCCAACAGCAGCUGGCCGGGGACUGCUCGGGAGGCGGAGCCGGAGCGGCGAGCCAAAGCGGAGUGCCCAAGAACGGAGAGGCCACCGUCAACGGCCAGGAGAACGGCACCCACGCCUCCGUUAAACAGAGUAACCACGUGGAGACCAUGGAGGUGGAUGGAGAGGUGGAGAUCCCAGCCAGCAAGGCUACGGUGCUGAGGGGUCAUGAAUCCGAGGUGUUCAUCUGUGCCUGGAACCCCGUGAGCGAUCUGCUGGCAUCUGGCUCGGGUGAUUCGACGGCGCGAAUCUGGAACCUGAGUGAGAACAGCGGAGGCGGAUCCACACAGCUGGUCCUGAGGCACUGUAUACGCGAGGGCGGUCAGGAUGUGCCCAGCAACAAGGACGUCACCUCCCUUGACUGGAACAGUGAUGGUACCCUCUUAGCCACGGGAUCCUAUGAUGGAUUUGCAAGAAUAUGGACAAAGGAUGGUAAUCUGGCUAGCACUCUGGGCCAGCACAAAGGCCCCAUAUUCGCCCUGAAGUGGAACAAGAAGGGAAACAGUAUUCUGAGCGCCGGAGUAGAUAAGACGACAAUCAUCUGGGACGCGCACACGGGGGAGGCGAAACAGCAGUUCCUCUUCCACUCAGCUCCUGCCCUGGAUGUGGACUGGCAGAGCAACACCACAUUUGCGUCAUGCAGCACAGACAUGUGCAUCCACGUGUGCCGUCUGGGCACAGACCGCCCACUCAAGACCUUCCAGGGCCACACGAAUGAGGUGAAUGCCAUCAAGUGGGACCCAUCUGGAACAUUGCUGGCUUCCUGCUCUGAUGACAUGACACUGAAGAUCUGGAGUAUGAAGCAGGAUUCAUGUGUUCAUGACCUACAGGCGCACAGUAAAGAGAUCUACACUAUCAAAUGGAGUCCCACAGGGGCAGGCUCCAACAAUCCCAGUGCCAACCUGUUGUUGGCCAGCGCAUCCUUCGACUCUACCGUGAGGCUGUGGGAUGUGGACCGUGGCGUCUGCCUCCACACACUCACCAGACACCAGGAGCCUGUCUAUAGCGUGGCCUUCAGUCCCGAUGGCAGGUUUCUGGCCAGCGGCUCCUUUGACAAAUGCGUUCACAUCUGGAGCACAGCAAGCGGAGCAUUGGUAAAUAGCUACCGAGGAACAGGAGGCAUUUUUGAGGUCUGCUGGAAUGGCUCAGGAGACAAAGUAGGGGCCAGUGCAUCAGAUGGAUCUGUUUGUGUUCUGGAUCUGCGGAAGUAGCCCCUUGCCAAUCUGAAGGCAGAGCUGGAACUGGGAAGCUAAACGCAUCCUGACAGUGUUGGCGUCGCCGGGCUGAAACUCUCCGAGAUCACGCUAAUGACGAACAGGCAAGACCAAGCGCAUGGCAGGAGCUCGACUAUGGCAAGAAAAAAAAACUAAAACAAAACCCAAAAUGUUAAAAACCAAAUUCGAAGAAGAUGGUUGACAGAGGAAGCAAAAGAGGCACACAGACCGCUCGCUCGCGGCCUCAGCCAGCCGGCGAGGGUUCAGAGGGUAACCAAUCAGACAAGGCUGCUGUUGAGGCCUGAGAGAUGGAACUGAAUCGGAGCUUCUCAGUCUAGCUGUGGUGCUGGAGCUGGAGGUAGUGCCUGGGUCUCCUCGAUCCUCCACCCUCUUGCCUUCUGGCAGCGCCUGAUCAGUGCACUAUUUGACAAGCAGUAAGAAUUUUGUUGUUUUUAUUUUCCCACAGUUCAGCAGUGCUUGUGUUUAUCGCUGUCUUUUGGGUAGCCUUUGCACUGGAGAUCCUGAGCGUUUAAUGUUUAAUUUCUCCUUAGUGGAGAUUGGCAGAUGUUUCAAGAUUACUUCUUGUUUAUGUGGUUUUUUAAUCUGUGGACUUAUGAAAGACAGACAAGGCUCUGGCAGUUACUGAGCUGUUAUCCAUCUCAAGCACAUUACUACUGAGGUCAGUUAUGAAACACAACUGCCAAGUAUUUUUUCUUCUUAAAACAAAAAUCUUUUAACAGUAUGCCGGAGUACAGGAUAUAAGAAAGUACAUAUGUAAAAUGUGUAGUUGACAAUUGUUAAAUCUGCCCUCUGGAUGUAAAUCUAAUGAAUGUAUAGAUAUGUAAAUUAGAAGAAUAUACAGAUUUUCUAUACUGUGUGUAUCUAUGUGUGUGCGCGCAUGUGUAUAUAUGUAUGUAUAUAUACACACACCCACACACACACACACACGUUUAUAUACAGUACCUGUAGUCACUGUCAUCAUCAUCUGGAGGAUUUGGCCCCGUGCUUUGCGAAAGCUGUGCUUGUUAUCUCUCAAACCUCACUUGCUUUCCCCCGUCUAGAUUGCUUUAGAAUUUUGAUGAUCCUAGAAAUCGUAUUUGCAGAGUUGGUCGUGACGUUCUUUCAGAAGUUGAGGAUGUGACGUGCCUCAAAAUCUCUCAUUUUGCAAGCAUGUGUGGGACAUUCCAGGCAAUGUUUUGGUCUUAAUUCUAACACUGGUUUACAAGCAUAACAAAGUCUCGGGGGAGCGGAGCAUGCUCGGAUGAAUCAGAGGCCAGAUAUAUUCUGCUGCCGACUCCAGUACCAGCUUUAAGGAAAUACUCAUAUACUCCCACUAAAUAUCAAGGUUUUGUCCAUCUAUUGAGCUUUUCUUGCAUUUCUGAUUGAGCAUAUUCUUCUGUAAAGCGUGUUCAUUCAUUGUUCCACCUGAUUAGGCAAAUGUCCAGCUACAGCCUUUAAGCUGAUUGGUGAGUUAGAAGGCCCUACUGUUGCCUCUUUUUGAUAUGAUUUAUAGCCAGUGUCAGCUGUGAACGCGCGUGACCUCCUAAAACCCUGAAAGAUGGGCUUAGCUUUAAUUUUGUACUGUAAGUCUGCCUCUGCUUUAUGGGACGACGGCAUUUUUUCAACUAACAGGCCACACAUUUGACAUGCUUUUUCUUCUGGUCCUUUUGUAUUGUUGCAACCGAUUUCUAGGAUUAAAUAAAACUGACUUUUUCAGA